UAAGGGGGACGGGGUUCACCAGGAGACAGGGAUACAAACUGGGGAAGGCUGUGGCCUCAGAUUUACCCAUGUCCUUCUUUCCUGUUUCUCCAAGCGAGCUCAGAAACUGCCGCUGUAACCCAAGAGCAGACUUGGACCCAAAUCCAACUAGGAGCUUCAAAAUUGCGAUUCUUUACUGAGAAAUCCCAGAGGCCAGGGUCCCUAAGGCAGUGCUCUGCACCUGCAUCCUUCUUCCCUUCAUGCCUCUCCCCCAUGCCAUUUCCACUGCUGCAUACCCCUCUGCCACCUUCCCUUUCUUUCCCUCUUCCUCUUUCCUCUUGGUUCUCUGACUUCUAUUUCCCCACUCCCUUGUUACCUUCCUUCCUUUUCCUCCUCUGCACCCCUGACACUCUCCACUCAGCUUCCUCACCUUUUCAAUCCCUCGUCACUAACUUUUCAUCCCUCUAUAAUCUGUCACCUUAUACCUAUUCAUUACUAAGGUCAUGGCCUUAGCAAUACAAGAAGCUUAAAAUGCCUACUGAAUCUUCCUGGUCAGUGACCUUACAUUAUGGUGGCAGAUGGAACUGGUAGGCUAGGAUUGGUGCCAUUCUCAGAUGUGGAAAGGAUCUGGUGGUUGCUGUAGCCACUCCUGUAACUAUUUUUAAAAUUAUAUCUGAAGGCUGGGAAGAGUCCUAAAGACAAGACUCUUCCUCAGGACAAGUCCAGAAAAUUGAGAAAGUGGUUGAUACAAUCAAGUAGGAGACCCAUAAAUGAAGUUCACUUGGAAGAAAAAGUCACAAUCAGACAGAGGGGAUAAGAUGAACAAGGACAGCUAUUUCAUAUUAUUCACAGAGAAGGAGAGAAUUAUUGCUCCUUUCUUCUUUUUUCUUUUUUUCAGUGCUGGGGUUCAAACCCUGGGUUAAAACAAGUGAGAAAGGUAAACUUUAGAAAUUUUAGAAGAACAUAUAGGAAAAUACCUAUAUGAUCUCUGGAUAGGAAGGAAUUUUAAAAAAAUAAUAACCACUAAGUUCAAAGAAUAAAAAAAGGGUAAAUGUGACUAUAUUCACAUUCACUAAUAUUCACCAUAAAGAAGUGAAAAGAUGGAUGUAUAAGCUAGGCCUGCCAGCAGAUCCCAAGGAGGUGGCAGCCUUUGAAGCUAGAAGAAAUCGAGAAAAAGAACGACAAAGCCGAUUCUUCAAUGUGCGGAACCGUGUCAUGGGGGUGGAUGUUGAAGCCCUCAACAACCAGGUAGAGGAGAAAAAGCUUCGGGAGGCAACUGAGCAGAGCAAGGAUGCAGCUUACGCUACUAAGCAGGUGCAGUAUGAUCUGGUAGCCCAGAUGCUAGAGAAGGAAGAGGCAGAACGGGCACGUCGACUUGCCAAGAAAAUCCAGGAUUUUCGGGAGCAGAAGCAGCAGCUCAAGAACAGGCGUGAAUUUGACCCUUGGGAUCCAGACCGACUCCAGAGGGAAUUUCCAGUCUAUCUCAAUGACAGUGAUCCCUUCUAUGGCCCGGCCAGCAUGCAGUGCUUCUUUGGGGAGGACCUGGACAGGACCACAUACCUGAGAAUGCAGCAGGAGCAGUUCAGGUACAGCCUGGAGAGGCAGCUGCAGGAGCAACAGCAAGCCAGGGUUGAUGAGAAAUGUGCAGAUAUGCUCAAUGACCAGCUGCACUUAGCCAUGGACAUGCGGGCCGCCCACCUGGCCAGGCUAGAGGAGUCCUGUCGCGUGGCCAUGAUGUUUGCCAUGGCCAAUGCCAACAAAGCCCAGGCAGCUGAGCUGGCUGAGCGGCAGCGCCUUGAGCAUCAGCGCCAACAGGAGGCCAACCUCAUGGAGAUUCAGAACCAGGUCACCAGUGACUUUCUAACUGAGAACCCCCAAGUUGCCCAGAAUUCCAUGGCUCCCCACCGGGUUCUGCCCUAUUGCUGGAAGGGCAUGACUCCAGAGCAGCGAGCCGCCAUCAGGAAAGUCCAGGAAGCACAGUGCCAUGCGAAGGAGGCACAGCACCAGGCUGAGCAAGCAUUGGAUACUGAAUGGGAAAGCCAAACCAUGCACCUGGCCCAGGCAGCGCAGGAGCUAGAAGAGCAGGAGAGGGAAUUGUGUGCAGAAUUUCGGAGGGGGCUGGGUUCUUUCAACCAGCAGUUGGCUAAGGAGCAAAAAGCCCAGCAAAAUUAUCUGAAUUCAAUAAUCUACACCAAUCAACCUACAGCCCAGUAUCACCUACAGUUCAACACUAGCAGCCGCUGAGGUCAAGAUGGUCAUCUCUCUCUUUUCCCCUAUCAAGCUUACAGAUGCAAAUGCUACAUAUCCCCACCUCUUACCUCUAAUCCAUUCCCCAGUGAGAGAGAGCUAAGACAAUAUCCCCACCUUCUACCCUAAGUAAUAAAGUUAUUUGCUAAAUUCAA